AUGAUCAUUUUAUUUCUAUUAAUAUUAAUCCGAACAAAUCUCAUCGAUAGUGAUCACUUUAAUGGUGGUACUAUAAAUUGGGCACCAACAUAUCGUAAUUCUACUUCUUCAUCAAUUCUGAUUACUAUUACACAAUCUUAUUCGUGGACUUAUCCAACUAUAAGUUGUUUGACAAAUGUACCUACCUCAACUAAUUGGAUUUUAUAUCCCAGUGUUAGUUUAACUUGUAUUGCUAAUUGUUCCACCCAAGGUGGCUAUUCUAGUAAUCCAAUUAAUAUUUUAACUGAUUGUACUUCAUACAGUACAUCAUUGGGAGUUUUAGCAAGUCAACGAUCUGUUAAUAUUACACUCAAUGAAGGUACAUAUUUUUGGAUUGCGUAUCAAGGUACAUCUUGGAGAACUUUGGCGAAUGCUGCGACAAGUUUUUUUCCUGGAUGGUCAAUUGUAUCUUUGAUUAAUCUUCAAAGACGUCCCGAUGGUUUAAUUAACACUCCAUUAGUAUCACAGGUAGCUUCUCCUCAAUAUGUUAUUGUCAACAGAACAGCUACAAUCAAAAUACCUGUGACAAAUGUUGACAUAGGUGAUGAUAUACGCUGUCGAUGGUCCUCAAAAAGCAGUGCAUAUGGUGUUGAUGAAUGUGCUGAUAUUUGUACUUCUACGAGCACGAUUAGUCUUGCAAAUUUGUCUGGUUGUACAUUAACAUUUACAGCAACAACAUCUAAUGUUUGGUAUGCAAUUGCUCUACAGGUCGAAGAUUUUAUUAAUACAACAAGUACUAAGCCAAUGAGUUCAGUAGCAAUACAAUUCUUAAUUUAUGUAUUAGCAACACCCACCUGUACACAAGCACCUGUUAUUCUUCCUUUAACCGAUUGUUUAGAGAUUCAAGUCAAUGUAGCAGUAAAUUUUACUCUUUAUGCGAUGAAUUAUUGUAAUAGAACAAAAGUAAUUAUUACUGAUCUAAUAUCAACAGUUAGUAUUACUGGCUUGUCGGCCAGUAAUUUGGUUAAUUCAACAACAAAUACAUCGUUAGUCUAUGUUACAUUUACUUGGACACCUCAAAUAAAUCAGAUUGGAUCGCAACAAUUUUGUACACUUGCUUAUACAAGUGAAAGUGUACAAUCUGAUCCGUAUUGUGUGACAUUCACUGUUGGAAUAUCACAACCUUGCACAACAACUACUUCUACAAGUACAACAAGUACAAUAACCACAUCAGAAACUACAACGACUAGUACGACAGGAACAACGACUACCAGCAAGACAACUAGCACAACAUCAGAAACUACAACGACUAGUACAACAGAAACAACGACAACUAGCACAACAUCAAAAACUACAACGACUACUACAACGGAAACAACGACAACUAGCACAACAUCAGAAACUACAACGACUACUACAACAGAAACAACGUCAACUAGCACAACAUCAAAAACUACAACAACUACUACAACAGAAACAACGACAACUAGCACAACAUCAAAAACUACAACUACUGGUACAACAGAAACGACGAUAACUACCAGCAUGACAACUAGCACAACAUCUGUAACUACAACAUCAACAACAAUCACAACAACUACCACAGUGACUACUACAACGGAGACAACAACUACUACUACUUCAGUAACAACUACAACUGAAACAACGACGAUAACUCCUAAUUCCAAUCAACCAAAUUUACUAUUAAUUGUGGGUCUUCCAAUUUUUGGUUUAUUGUUGAUUUUAGGUGGUACCUGCUUUUGGAUAUAUUAUCGAAAAUGGUAA